CACAUUGUUCAUUUCACUUGUUUAAAUCAGCUCUAUUACAAGCGCGAGGACUACCCGUUACAAAUUUUAAGGCAGGGUUGCUUGGACUAUACAGACCCUACUUGCAUUGUUGACUUGCAGUUAUGGUGGAUCAAGGCCCGGUGGCUGUAUUUAAAUUAGUUUUGGUUGGCGACGGUGGUACUGGAAAAACUACCUUUGUGAAACGCCAUAUCACUGGAGAGUUUGAGAAGAAAUAUGUUGCUACCCUGGGUGUUGAGGUACAUCCACUUGAUUUCCAUACAACACGUGGAAAAAUGCGUUUUAACGUUUGGGAUACUGCAGGACAGGAAAAAUUUGGUGGUCUAAGGGACGGUUACUACAUACAAGGCCAGUGUGCAAUCAUCAUGUUCGAUGUCACAAGUCGUGUCACAUACAAAAACGUACCCAAUUGGCAUCGGGAUUUGGUGCGAGUUUGCGAGAACAUACCAAUCGUUUUGUGUGGUAAUAAAGUCGAUAUUCAGGACAGGAAGGUGAAAGCAAAGUCCAUAACUUUCCAUCGCAAGAAGAACCUUCAAUAUUAUGAUAUAUCAGCAAAAUCCAAUUAUAACUUCGAAAAGCCAUUCUUGUGGCUUGGUCGUAAGUUGGUCGGUGAUCCGAACUUAGAGUUUGUUGAAAUGCCCGCUAUGGAGCCUCCGGAAAUCCAGAUCGAUCCCAAUUUGGUUAAGCAGUACGAACAGGAAAUACAGGUGAGUGUGUCGGUUUUCCUUCUGACAUUUCUUCAGAUGGCGGCUGAUGCUCCUCUUCCAGAUGAAGGUGACGAGGACCUGUGAAUAAAAUGAAAUUCAGUUUCCAAUAUGACUUCAGAUUUUUCGAACGAUUAUAAUUCAGUGUAAUAAAACUUUCCCAGAUUGUACUUCUCGAACUUUGACUGUAAUGUGAGGGUUGGUGUUAUUUGUACACUUGAUCGUUUCUACGGACAAUACACGUGUGUUUAACGUCA